AUGCCCAAUCUUCUUGAGAACAAAGUAGCAAUCGUAACCGGCUCAGGCCGCGGCGUCGGCAAGGGCGUGGCCAUGCAGAUGGCCGCCGAGGGAGCCAGAGUCGUGAUAGUUGACCCGGGCGUCAACUUGGACGGCAGCGGCUCCGACCAGUCCAUUGCCGAGCAGGUGGCCGUAGAGAUUCGCGAGGCCGGCGGCGAGGCCGUAGCCUGCCAGGAGUCGGUGGCAACCAUGGAUGGCGGCGAGAAAAUCGUCCAGACCGCCAUCGACGCUUAUGGCAAGCUGGACGCCGUGGUAACCUGCCACGGCAUUCUCCGCGACCGGAUGAUUUUCAACAUGAGCGAGCAGGAGUGGGACGACGUUAUCGCCGUGCACCUUAAGGGCACCUUUACCGUCGUCAAGCACGCCUGUAUCCUCUUCCGGCAGCAGCGGUCGGGCCGGGUUAUCACCUUCAGUUCCACUUCGGGACUUUACGGCAACACGGGUCAGGCCAACUACGGCGCGGCCAAGGAUGGCAUCGCCGGGUUCACUCGGGUGGUGUCCCGGGAUAUGGGUCGCUACGGCGUAACCGCCAAUUCCAUCGCUCCCAGCGCCCAGACCCGCAUGAUUGGCAGUGUGCCCGACGAGGCCCGCGAACUGCGCGCUUCCCGCGGCGUGAGCGGCGGCAACGUGGGCGGCCUGCGCGGCGAGCCUGAAGACGUGGCUCCCUUCACCACGUGGCUGGCCUCUGACGAGGCCGCCCACGUCAACGGCCACGUGUUUUACGUAACCGAAGGCCUGGUCAGCAUGUUGAACGAGCCGGAACCGGUGCGGACGAUGCACAAGGAUGGUCGUUGGACCAUUGAGGAGAUUAUCCGAGUCUUCCCCGCCACUCUGGGCGUGGAACUGCACAACCCAGCCCCGGCGCCCCCGCCGUCGGUGUAA